AUGGCACCUUUCUUUGUUCUGUUUCUAAUAGCCUCUUCCUUGAACCAUGGGUAUGCUCAAUUUUAUCCCAAAAACGAAGCUUUUAUAUCGCUGUCGAUUACCCAAAAUGGCCUUGACUUUGUGAAGGAGUUGCUGGUGAACAAGGCCAUUUCCUCACUCAUCUCACUUCAAUUGCCGAAUAUUGAAAAGACUGCGAAAAUCCCAGUUGUGGGUAACGUCUACAUGGUGCUCUCCAACAUCACAAUUUAUCAUAUCGAUGUUCCUUCCUCGCAUAUCAAGCCAGGGGAGACUGGAAUUUCCAUUAUAGCUUCUGGGGUUACUUGUAAUUUGAACAUGAAUUGGUAUUACUCUUAUAGCACAUGGCUUGUGCCUGUUGAGAUCUCUGACAGAGGUAGAGCAGAAGUUCAGGUUAAAGGCAUGGAAGUAGGACUUACAUUGGGUUUGGAGAACCAGGAAGGGUCAUUGAAGCUGAAACUCAAGGAGUGUGGGUCUAAUGUUGAAGAUAUUUCAAUAAAACUGGAUGGAGGUGCAUCUUGGCUUUAUCAAGGUAUAGUAGAUGCUUUUGAAGAGAAAAUUGGUUCAACAGUUGAAAAUGCCAUCACCAAGAAACUUACGAAGGGGAUUUCAAGACUUGACUCAUAUUUGAAAAGUCUUCCAAAGGAGGUCCCGGUCGAUGACCACGCUUCUAUGAAUGUAACUUUUGUAAAUGAUGUUUUAUUGAGUGAUUCAUCUGUUGGAUUUGAAACCAAUGGGUUAUUUAUUGAAAGAAAUCCUUCCCAACCUAUUCUUGACCUCUACCACAAGAACUCGAAACUUCCAAUUCUAUGCACAAAUUCAUCAAAAAUGAUAGGAAUCACUUUAGAUGAGGCUGUUUUUAACUCCGCAUCAGCCUUAUAUUAUGAUGCAAAAUUUAUGCACUGGAUUGUGGACCAAAUACCAGAUCAAUCUCUAUUGAACACUUCAGGAUGGAGAUUUAUAGUUCCCCAGCUAUACAAAAAAUACCCAAAUCAUGACAUGAACUUGAAUAUAUCUUUAUCUUCUCCUCCAGUUGUGGAGAUUUCAAAUCAGAAAGCAGGUGCCAACAUAUUUACGGACAUGAUAAUUGAUGUUUUGGAAGAAGAUGAAGUAAUACCAGUGGCAUGCAUAUCAUUGGUAAUUCAAGGUACAGGUGUGGUCAAAAUCAGGGGAAACAACCUGGUUGGUGCUAUCAGAUUGAAUGACUUUCAAAUGUCAUUGAAAUGGAGCAAAAUUGGCAACCUGCGGAUGUACCUCAUUCAGCCAGUUGUGUGGACGCUUAUUGAAACUGUCUUAUUGCCGUAUGCCAAUGCACGUCUAAGCAAAGGGCUACCUUUGCCCAUCAUUCAUGGCUUCACCUUACAAAAUGCAGACAUAAUCUUGUCAACUUCAAGACUCGCAACACCAACGUUUCUAAAACCCAGAUUAAACCCUCCUUCCACUCCCUCUCGUUCCAUCUCUCUCCGUUCAAAUUCACAAGCAAAAAUGCAUAUUUCUCUUAGCAAUUUGGCCUUCAAGACCCCACAACUCUUCCCACUCCACCACCCUAUUUUCCCUCCAAAACCACUGCACCACCAAGUUUCAACGCAAAGCCCUGUCAAUGUAAUGAAAGGGUCGGGUUAUUUGUCCGAAAUCAGCAAAAAACUUGAUCACGAAGAGCAGUACCGGAUAGCCCGGUCACAGGUGAACCGGAAAGUUCUGGACUUGGAAGGUUAUUCUAUUGAGGGACUUUCAGUUGGAGGCCAAGAGACAUGUAUCAUAAUCCCUGAAUUCAAGUGCACUUUUGAUAUUGGGAGGUGCCCUAGUAGAGCUAUUCAUCAAAACUUCCUUUUCAUUACUCAUGCUCAUCUUGAUCACAUUGGAGGGCUGCCAAUGUACGUAGCUAGCCGUGGUUUGUUCAAUUUGAAACCUCCCACUGUGUUUGUGCCUCCUUGCAUCAAAGAGGAUGUUGAGAAGCUGCUUGAUAUUCACAGAACUAUGGGUCAGGUUGAAUUGAAUGCCGAAGUGGUUGCUUUGGAUGUGGGGGAGACAUAUGAGAUACGGAAUAAUCUUGUUGUUCGCCCAUUCAGAACACAACAUGUUAUACCUAGCCAGGGUUAUGUAGUUUACUCAAUCAGGAAAAAAUUAAGGAAACAGUAUGCCCACCUGAAUGGGAAACAAAUUGAGAAAUUGAAGAAGUCAGGUGCCGAGAUUACAGACACCAUAUUAUCUCCUGAGGUGGCCUUCACCGGUGAUACAACAUCAGAUUUUAUGCUUGACCCAUGUAAUGCUGAUGCAUUGAGAGCAAAAAUUCUCAUAACUGAGGCAACUUUCCUAGAUGAUUCAUUCAGCAUCGAUCAUGCUCGGCAACAUGGUCAUACACAUUUAUUUGAGAUAAUUGCAAAUGCACAGUGGAUACGCAACAAAGCAGUUCUGUUGACUCAUUUUUCACCAAGAUAUACUAUAGAGGAUAUUCGUCAAGCUGCCUCAAAAUUGCAGUCCAGGCUGUCAGCAAAAGUGGUUCCUCUUACAGAAGGCUUCAAAUCUAUGUACGCCUAA